GGGGUCAGACGCUUCACGGUGGGACGACGAGCGAAGAGAGGAGUGAACAAGGGGAGCGAGAUAGAUUGGUGGGUUUUUGAAAAGAGUGCUUAAAUUUGUUCGUCUCAAACAAAUUAUUUGUUUUAUUUCUUUCGAGGAGGCACGUUACAGGCCGCACGAUAGACGACGGACUCAUAAAAUAGGGCAAAUGCGUCUGGUGUAGCGUGGGGCUGAAACGCCCAAAUAUAGAGCAGCAAACGUUUGGAAUUACAAUCACUUCCUACCGCUUGGAAAAUCUGAAACUGGCCAUAGAGAAGCCCGUUUCGAUAGGCCACGACCUCACAUCGGGACUUUAACAAAUCCAAAACCAAAGUGUGUAUGGAGCAGUGUGAGAAUGCCGCAUCACUCUUGGCCUCCGUGCGAGAGCAGGAGAUGCAGUUCGAGCGUCUGACUCGAGCUCUGGAGGAGGAGAGGAGGAGCGUGGGGCCCUCCGGUACCCUACCCCGCCCCCUCCCUACCCUGCAGAACGGGCGUGUCUCUGGUGAUGCAGAGUUAGAACGGCUCAAAUUAAUUGAGGGAUACAUAAACGGGACACAGUACAGAAUGUUGGACCCUGGUCAUAUUGUUGAGUCGGUCAUGGUGGAGGAGGACCCUCAUGAGGUGAUGCCAGUUAUUUCACACGAAACGAGUGAUGAUGGAACCACGCGGCGCACUGAGACAACAGUUAAGAAGGUCACGAAAACGACCACCACACGAACAGUUAUUCCUUCUGUCUCGGACACGCUCUCACUGGACGGCACUGGUUCAGUUACCGGGAUGAGUUAUAACAGCCCAAUGGAUCGUGUGUAUAGGCCACCGGGCGGCCCUAUGGAUUACCCUACUGCUACUGUACCACGUAACUACCACUACGGACCACCAGGUGGCUAUGACGAGUACCGCAGUGGCCCGCCUUCAGAAGUCUACGCCAGCCUGAGCCGAGGAACUCGUAUGGAUGACCGUUACAGGCCUGUGGAUGGCUACCGCACGAUUGACUCCGCCUACCGCACUCACAGCCGGCCACAUUUGGACCCAUACGCAGCCCAGCCUCAGGUGGGCCGUUUGGGCAGCGCUCUAGAGAUCUCUGGAGCUCUUCAGCGGUUUGUUCCAGAGCCCUACGGCCUUGAAGAUGACCAGAGGAGCCUGGGAUACGACGAGCCUGAUUACAGCAUGGGGGUGCCCAUGCAUUACAGCACAAUGCCCCGGUUAGCGCAUGGGCACCAUGCCCCACCACCACGUAGGACAGGGUCAUAUGAGGGCACUCUGGAUGGCGAUAUCUCUGGAGCUGGUGAUAUGUAUUGGGGAGGAGCCCCAUUGGCUCAGGGAGAAAGAGGCAGCAUGGCGUCAUUGGACAGCACUCUGCGCAAGGGCCCCGCCCCCACCACAUGGAGGCAACCUGAGCUUCCUGAAGUCAUCGCUAUGCUCAACUAUCGCCUGGACCCUGUCAAAAGUAACGCUGCAGCUUACCUGCAGCAUCUCACCUUUAAGAAUGAUAAGGUAAAGUCAGACGUUAGACGGAUGAAGGGAAUCCCGGCUCUGGUAUCAAUGCUUGAUAACCCAAAGAAGGAGGUGCAUUACGCAGCAUGCGGAGCUCUCAAGAACAUCUCAUAUGGACGAGAUCCAGAUAACAAGAUCGCCAUCAAGAACUGUGACGGAAUCCCCGCUCUGGUGCGGCUACUGAGGAAGACGAGAGAUCAGGACCUUACUGAUAGUAUAACAGGCACGCUGUGGAACCUUUCCUCUCACGACUCUGUAAAAAUGGAAAUCGUUGACCACGCACUGCACGCUCUGUCCGAUGAGGUCAUGGUACCGCACUCGGGCUGGGAGAGGGGGAACCAGGGGGGUGAGGAGAGCUGCAAACCCAGACACCUGGAGUGGGAGACUGCACUCACCAACACCACCGGCUGCUUAAGGAAUGUGAGCUCGGAGCGGAGCGAGGCCAGGAGGAAGCUGAGGGAGUGCUCCGGAUUGGUCGAUUCGCUCAUGUACAUCGUCCAAUCGCAGAUCAACUGUAAAGAUGUGGACAACAAGCUGAUAGAGAACAGUGUGUGUCUGCUGAGAAAUCUGUCCUACCAAGUGCAUCGAGAGAUCCCGGGCUGCGAACGCUACCAAGAAAGCAUGCCUGUCAAUCAAGGCCCCGCCCCUUCUGCCCAAAAGGGGGGCUGCUUCAGCUCCCGAAAGGGCAAAGAUGAGUGGUUUUCCAAAGGCAAGAAAGAUGAUGAUGGAACCACAGACAUGAUUGACAUUCCAAAGAGAACCACACCAGCCAAAGGUUAUGAGUUGCUGUUCCAACCAGAAGUGGUGCGAGUGUACACUUCACUCCUAAAAGAAAGCAAGAACCCAUCGGUUCUAGAAGCCGCCGCAGGAGCCGUGCAGAAUCUUUGCGCAGGCCGUUGGAGUUAUGGGCGGUACAUCAGAGCAACGAUGAGACAAGAGCACGGCCUGCCGAUGAUGACGGAGCUGUUGUCUCAUGGGAACGAUCGCGUGGUCAGAGCCAUGUCUGGAGCCCUGAGGAACCUGGCCAUCGACGCUCGCAACCGUGAACUGUUAGGGAAACAUGCAGUGCCUAACCUGGUGGCUAAUCUGCCGGGUGGUGGUCAGAGUCAACCCGUGCGUGGGCUCUCGGAAGAAACCGUGGUGUCUGUUCUCAGCACUAUGGCGGAGGUUAUUGGGUCCAGCGUAGAUGCUGCCAAAACCCUGCGCAGCUCCCAGGGCAUCGAGAGGCUGGUGCUCAUUAACAAAGACAGCAACCGCUCGGAUCGGGAGGUACGUGGUGCUGGGCAAGUGCUGCAGAUCGUGUGGGGCUUCAAAGAGCUCCGCCGCACACUGGAGAAAGACGGCUGGAAGAAAACGGACUUCAUGGUCAACCUCAAUCCUCCCAACAACCCCCGCAGCAAUGGGGGAUACGAGGACAGCACCCUUCCGCUAAUAGACAGGGGAGGCAAACAGGACAGAGAUCGAGAUAUGAUUCCUAUGAAUGACAUAGGACCAGAUGCUUACUCGACGAUAGACCAGAGAGGACGGAGGAACACUUUAGACGACACUUUGGAUCGUUCAGACAGAGACGCACCUCAGGGAGGAAUGUAUGGGGAGAGGCGGGGCUCUAUGCCUCUGUUGGACACUUAUGAUGAAAAACUGAUAGUGUGCAUCACCCGUCGUGAGUUUCCUACUCCUGCCUACUGUCCCUGCUGAGUCUCUGAUCUCAUCACUUCCGGGACCAUAGCCACUAACUGCAUUGACCCUUCUGUAGUUUCCAACCCACUGUUGUUGCCACUCUUACUCUUCAGAUCAAUGUGAUUGAGAACAGCCACUAAAAAUACGGACACUACAGAAUGAAAAACUUUUCUUGAUUUUGGUCCAUACUACUAUUUUGUGUGAAAUGACAGACUAAGAAACACUAGGGACUAAAAGAUCUAUUAAGUCAGCUUCUCAAGUUUAUAACCGCUGUCCUUUUUUCUUGGAUUGCAUCUAUUAGAACACUAGUGUAGAACGAUGUCGGUAUUCUUUUCGCUUCGUGUUGCUUUGCCGUUCACAGUAAUGCAAAAUUACUGCGUCACCUGCAGAAAUUAUUGUAAAUAGAAUGUCUAAGUUUAUGCCUUGUUGAUACAUUGUGACGGGCAUAAGGCCUCAUUUUUGGUCGCUGUUUUCCAAAAGCACUAGAUGACCAAUUGACUCUCAUUUUUCAUUUAGGUUGUCUAUCUGUGGAUGGUCUUGUGAAGUGUCCUGUCUUUAGGGAGGGGUUGUUGUUUAAAGUGUUGAUGCAAGCAUUACAAUAUAGGCAGAGGGAUCAAAUGAUUGGGAGAUUUAUAUUAAACUGGUAGCAUUCACAUGUUUAGCUGAGGACAACUGGGAUCUUUAGGACAGCCGUGUGGUUCAGGAUCUUCACAUUUUUUAUCUGUUGUUCCUUAAAGUUAGUUGAUAGAUCCGGUGGGAAAUUUGCAAAGUAUUCCAGAGUGGGAGAUCUUUUUUGCAUAUAAAUAUAUAUUUUCCAUUUGGUUUGGUCUUUGUAACUGGCACUGACUAUAAUUAGUGUAUAAAAACCAAGGACCAUAUGCAUCAAGAGUAAAAUAAUUUAUGUAACUCCCUCCCCCUGCUUAAAACAGCUGGUCCGAGGACAGCCUUUUACACCCAAGACAAAUUCUAGCUCUGAUCUUCGAUCAGUUCUCGUACUUUUCCAAACGUUGCGAUUCGAGGCCCAGCUGGUGGACCCAAUGCUUUUCUUGCUUCGUCUGAAUAAUAAUGAAUGUGUAAAUAUGACUCUGCGUACUUGGAGUGCCUCGCUUGCUGAUACGAGUUGCGCGUGCGGUUGCGUUAUGCGGCUUCCAAGAACGCGUGUAUGGGAAUGUUCAGCCAACCUUCUGCCUCUUGGUUCUAGUGCCUGUCUGUGUAAAGUGAAUGAGUGUACAUUUAAGGAUGUAUAUGCAUUGUUUUUUGUUUCUGCGAUCCAUAAGUACAGUGCUCGUUCCAUAGACUGCAUAUUCAAAAUGCACAGCAAGUCUGCUGUAGAUAUUUACUGAAUGGAAACUCUAGCAGUAGGGGUCGGUAGAUUUUUAAAAUAUAUAUAUUUUUCCCAAUGCAUUUUAAUCCCCAUCUGCCUAUUUCCAAUCUUUCGCAACACUACAAUUAAUACAGGAGAAAGGUCGGCUGUUGACUAAGUGGAUACGAGACAAAAGUCGGAGUCCUGUUUGCUCAAAGGUUUAAGGAACCGAUCUAAUGUUCAGUGUUGAGGGCGGCAGUCUUUUAAUUACAAACAAAAAAUGGAUCUCUUUCAGGCAAGAUUUAACCAGAGUUCAGAUUUUGAUUCUAGCUUGAUAAGAAAAUAAGAUAAAAGCACAUUUAACUAUAUAUACAAGAGAAUAUUUGUUAAUUUUAAUUAUUUUUUUCUUGGUUGUCUUUUUGCUCUUCCUUUUCUAUAUUUUAUGAUUGGGGCUGAUUUUUUUUUUCUGGGGUUGUUGUGGGUGAAUGCAUAUGCAAUCAGUUUUAUUUUUUAAAUAAAUGCAUUUACGGUUUAUAUCUUUUAAUUAAAGACAAAAAGAAAAAAUCUGUCGUGCUGUCAGUUGUCAUGCUGUUUUUCUGCAACACGUAACAAGUGGAUCUUGAUUCAUUGUUCCUAUAUUUCAACACUUUACCUUUGGUCUUAAACAUUGCACCUUCCUCUCAUGGAUUGAACAUGUAACUUAGCAAUACAUUUUUUAAUAAAACAAUGAUUUUUUUCAAGGUUCUGAUAA